GGGCCGGGGCCGGGGCGAGGAAGGAUCUGGGAGGCAGCGUUGUCCCCCGAAUGGCUACGGCGGCGGACCGGACUCCCGCGCCGCGGCCCUAGGCGGCCUCUCGCCAUGGCCAAGUGGCUGAACAAGUACUUCAGCUUGGGCAACAGCAAGACCAAGAGUCCCCCGCAGCCGCCGAGGCCUGACUACCGCGAGCAGCGGCGCCGGGGCGAGCGGCCCUCGCAGCCUCCCCAGGCCGUGCCGCAGGCCUCGUCGGGAUCGUGCGGGCCGGCCGCCGCCUCCUGUUUCUCGGCCUCGUCGGGCUCGCUGCCCGACGACAGCGGGAGCACGAGUGACCUCAUCCGCGCUUACCGCGCGCAGAAAGAGCGCGACUUCGAGGAUCCCUACAACGGGCCCGGCUCGUCGCUGCGCAAACUACGCGCCAUGUGUCGCCUGGACUACUGCGGCGGCGGCGGCGGGGAGCCCGGCGGGGGUCAGCGCGCCUUCUCGGCCUCGUCCACGUCGGGCGCCGCGGGCUGCUGCUGCGCGUCCUCGGGGGCCGGCGCCGCCGCGUCUUCGUCGUCGUCCUCGGGCUCCCCGCACCUCUACCGCAGCAGCAGCGAGCGGCGGCCCGCCACGCCGGCCGAGGUGCGCUACAUCUCCCCCAAGCACCGCCUCAUCAAAGUGGAGAGCGCCGCCGCGGGCGGAGCCGGGGACCCCUCGGGCGCCGUCUGCUCGGGCGGCCGCACCUGGAGCCCGACGGCCUGCGGAGGGAAAAAACUGCUCAACAAGUGCGCCCCCGCCGCCGCCGCCGCCGCCUCGGCCGCGGAGGAGAGCGGAGCUGGCAAGAAGGACAAGGUGACCAUAGCAGAUGACUACUCGGAUCCCUUUGAUGCCAAGAACGACCUCAAGAACAAACCAGGAAAGGGGGAGAGUGCUGGCUACAUGGAGCCCUAUGAAGCCCAGAGGAUCAUGACAGAAUUCCAGAGGCAGGAGAGUGUCCGGUCCCAACACAAAGGUAUCCAGUUGUACGACACCCCUUAUGAGCCAGAAGGCCAGAGCAUGGACUCUGACUCGGAGAGUACAAUCAGCCCUCGGCUACGGGAGAGCAAGCUGCCCCAGGACGAUGACAGGCCCGCUGAUGAGUACGACCAGCCAUGGGAGUGGAACCGGGUCACCAUCCCUGCUCUGGCAGCCCAGUUCAACGGCAACGAGAAACAGCGGCAGUCAUCCCCCUCACCUUCGCGGGACCGUCGGCGCCAGCUCCGCGCUCCCGGAGGCGGCUUCAAGCCCAUCAAACACGGGAGCCCCGAGUUUUGUGGCAUCCUGGGAGAGAGAGUGGAUCCUGCCGUCCCACUGGAAAAGCAAAUAUGGUAUCAUGGAGCUAUCACCAGAGGAGACGCUGAGAACCUGCUGAGACUCUGCAAGGAGUGUAGCUACCUUGUCCGGAACAGCCAGACCAGUAAACAUGACUACUCCCUCUCCCUGAAGAGCAACCAGGGCUUUAUGCACAUGAAACUGGCCAAGACCAAAGAGAAGUAUGUUCUGGGUCAGAAUAGCCCUCCUUUCGACAGUGUCCCAGAAGUCAUCCAUUACUACACCACCAGGAAACUACCCAUCAAAGGAGCUGAGCAUCUGUCCCUCCUCUACCCUGUGGCCGUGCGGACCCUGUGAGAGGACCAGCCCCCCCCACUCUAAGGACUCAGAGGAGCUCGUAGGGCAUCGGGCCCAGCUGUGUCCAGUGUGUGUCGUGUGUACGGUGCUAGCACGCCGCUGCAUGUCCUAGAAUGCUGUUGCCACUUAGGGGGCUGGAGAAGGCCUGGGUGGAGAGGGACUGCCGGCCAUCACAGCACCCAGACCCCCCCCCUUGAGUUUCUGUGAAUUAAAAUAUUUGCAAUCCAAAGAGAUGCCUUCCAGGGUGAACAAAGGCCGAGCUGCUCUGGGCGGGCGGGAGCCUGGCCUGCAUCUCUUUGUUCUCCUGCAGUUGAGAACUCACACCUGUGUGAGGGCCACGUUUUCCCUCUGGUGCUGGGAGCCAAAGGCUGGCGCCCAGAGCCCCAGAGGCCCUGGAAGCAGCCCCUGGGGUGUGUGUCACACACAGGAGUAAGCCUUCAUCACUUUUAGAUGUGCACUCAGUGUAACCAUUAGAUCUUCAAGGAAUCAUUGUGCAGUUGAAAAGGAUGCAAUUAUUUAUGAAUAGGGUGUGUAAAUAAAAUAGUCAUUUAAUAUA